UUUUCUAGCCUCGAUAUGUGUGCAUUGCCGUCAUAUGUUCAUGCGCACUAGAGGAGGAAGUAAGGGCAAAAAGCACAAGUGUUGUUGACACAAGAAUUCAGAGAGGAAGUUGAUGUUCCCAAUUGGGCUUAGACAGUAGAAACAUGUUUAAGGCCGUAGCUUUAGGACGGUGUUCUUUUGGGACACUGAAGCUCUUCCUAAUCUUCUUGAUCCUCGAUUCUGCCUUCUCGGUGGUAAAUGAUGACUAUUUUACGCCAUACGAUUUCAACGUCGACAACAGUUGCAACAGCUGCCACGGGGCGAAGUAUGUCAAACGAAGUCAGUACAGCUACGGAGGUCGGCCUUUGUAUGUUGGAGUCAUACUCUGUUCAUUUACUCGGUACAAAAUCCUGAUGAGUGACAGUCUGUCGGGAACGUUCCGCAAUAUUGGUGACCGCGGCGGGCACGGACAAGACCACUGUGAGCUGGUUGGUGCUUUAGUCGAUCCUCCUUCAUCGGCCCUAGAUAGUGACUACCGGUCCUGCAGUGGAACAGGCUUUUGGCGACGUCUUCGCGGAGAUCAGUUCAACUACGGAGCGAUUGGAGACGGUUCAGUCAACGGAAAUAUCUGGUAUGGACGGUGGUACGAAUGUGGCCUUGCCAUUCAAGCUUCUUGCGGGGGUAUAUUUGUGGAUGCAUCAGGAAUCAUCACCAGCCCUGGGUAUCCUGGAAGUUAUGGCAACAAUGAGUACUGUGUGUACACCAUCAGAGCCCCCAGUGGAAACUUUGUCAGACUAGACUUUCAGGAAUUUAAUCUGGAGUCUAGAUAUGACAACCUGAGGAUCUUUGAAGACGGAUCCGAAAUUCAAAGGUACACAGGAUCUAGCCUCCCACCAACCUACAUUAGCAGCACAAAUGCAGUUCAACUCGUCUUCACCAGUGAUGGGAGUGUAACACUUACAGGAUUCAAUCUCACCUAUUCUUAUGCCAACGAAUGUGCAUUUAUCAAUGGGAACAACUGUCCAGCCCACGCUACAUGUAACGGCACCUUCACCUGUACCUGUAACACAGGGUUUACUGGUAAUGGGGUCCAAUGCACGGAUUUGAACGAGUGCGUUAUGCACGCGGACAACUGUGACCUACACGCAACGUGUACGAACACUCCAGGCUCCUUCACAUGCGCCUGUGUGGACGGUUACUACGGCAAUGGAACGUCAUGUUCAGUUUGCGGACAUUGUGCCGGAGGCUCUGCGUGUAAUACAGUCUCUGGAAUAUGCCCUGCAUGUCUUUCUCCUUGGACAGGACAACUCUGCCAGGAAAUGCCAGCUGAGGUCACCAACGACCCAGAGAACAUUACUCAGUCCCUAAGCCAAUCAGCAAUGUUCACCUGUGCGGGCCGAGGUGAACCCAUGCCUAACGUUACUUGGAGACACGGCGGCCGACGCACAAUUCCAACCGGAGCAGUCACAACGAUACAAAGCCAAGCUCAGCACACAUUUACCAGUACACUGACUUUUAACAGCGUACAGAGAGCAGACAACGGAGAGUACACAUGCACAGCGGCAAACUCUCUUCAAACGGAUACAUCAUCGCCUGCAACGCUGAUCGUUCUAGAACGGCCCGGAGAAAUAAACGUGACUGUGGCUUCACAACGCUCGACAACGCUCUACGCUACAGCUGACGUGGGCUUCACCGGGAACCAGCCCGUUACUGCCAUACAUGUGAGGUCCAGGAGGAAGGGCGAGUCGUUUUGGGGCAACUGGACUUCUGUUGGAUUCGCAGGCACACGGGGGACCGUCAACAUCACCGGACUGACACCGGCUACGGACUACAUUGGGCAAGUAAGGGCACAGAAUUCUGAAGGUUGGAGCCGCUCUGUGCAGUUUACUUGGAGAACCAGAGAUGCACCUCCAGGGCCUCCUUCAAGGCUACAAACAUCUUCAAUUUCCAGUCACUCCAUCAGCAUCACGUGGCAGCGGCCUGCUGUACCAAACGGAGUCAUCACUCACUACUCCAUCCGGUACGGCCCAACCAUGAACUGCUCUGACAGUGAGCUGCUUCACGAGGUGACCACCCAAGGCAGCAACACGUCCCUGACAUUUCCUGGCCUCCUCCCGAACACCAUGUACACCUUCAGAGUACGGGGUUUUACAAGCGCCGGUGCAGGCAACUUCACCGACUGCCUGCAUGCAAGGACGGCAGCUGCAGAAGUGUAUGUUCAAACAAAACCAACAGCGUUUCCGUUGGCGGCUGUCAUUGGUGGAGCGGUUGCAGCGGGUGUCCUGAUUUUUGCCAUCGCAGCCGCACUUAUGUUUUACAGGUACGUGUCAUGGAAAGUGAUCGUUCUUUUACAGUAUGUGUAUCAUUGUCAAUCUGCAUUUAACUUGUGA